AUGAAUCAGGUUGAUCAAAAUAUAAACAAAGAUAUGUUUGAUUCUGAUCUGAUCGACGUGGAAUCUUUGGAUUAUUCCGAUGAUCAGACGUGGUUGUACACAGUCCCCAAUGACUCGGGCCAGAAUGUUGACAUUGUGGACUGGAACUUAUCCUGCGACUGGCCAGUCAAUGAGGACAGUGAAUACCUUAAGUUGGAGAAAACCCUAUAUACUGUGCUCGACAAUAUACUCAAAAAUGAUGUCCUCUCGAUGCCAGACAAACACAAGUUCGAUUCACGAACGUAUGUUAAGCCAAAGAAACGAACGCAUCGACCGAGCAUACAGAACAUAGUAGAAGCAGCUACUCCAUCUAUGUCACCUAUCCCAUCACUGAACACAAUACACCAGUCUAACCAAUCAACGAACAAAUAUCUGACGUACAACAAAUACAAUAAUCCGUUGGGACCAAUCAGUCCCAUGUUGAGGUUGAAAACGUUCAACGUUGAUACGAAUACUGAGAACAGCCAUGCAGUCAAAGAGUAUGCUAUGAAAAGGAGGAGUUUGGUGCAAGACGAUGAUCCUCAGCUGGAAGAUUUGGACGUGACUCUAGCGUCGGAGGUGUCGGGCCGGUCGUCGAUGGACCACGCGCCGUCCAAACCAAUCAACAUCGACCUCUCGCAGCCCGCACACAACCUACAUAACACCUUCAACAAGGGCCUAACAAACAUAUUGAACGAGCGUCCGAGUCUGAACAUGUACCAGAGCGGCGAAUCACUCAUGCGAAUGUCUCCCCCUAGCCUGGUCUCCUCGCUGCUGAUGGAAAGUUCUGGAACCUUCAACGCAGAGUCUAUAGAUAGCCGUAAAUCUAUUCCUUCUCAUAAGGAUUCAGGUCUUCCAAUGUCAGGACGCGACAGCAUCGAUCCGAUGAUGACAAGCAUGACACUCAGCAUCCUCGACGAGAAGGACAUGAGCACCAGCUUCCUCUCCCAAACCACGUACCCUGACAACGACAGCCUCAUUGACUCCCUCCCACCUAGCCUUGUCAGCUCCGUCAACUCCUCCUACGUAAUCUCCAACACCUCCAAACCGAAAGACAGCACAGACUCCAACAUCUUCAGCUCAGCAACCUUCACACACCUCGAACAAUCAGAAAAACUCCUUUCUGCCCGACCUCGGUGCCAACUCUACAAUAGCUUCACGAAACGAGAAUCCGCCAUACGAAACUCCGAAAGCUACACAAAAUCCCGCGAAGAAGCGUGCCAAAUUGACACAGGCAAAAUUCUAAACGAAAAUACUGAUAAGAAAGACUCGCCUAAAACUAUACCCAAACCUAACCCAGAAAUGGCUGAAACGAUCACCUUACACUACUCUAAUAAUAGGUUUAGAAGGGACAAUGACGCUGAGAAAGAAAACUUUGAAACUGACGACGCAUUUUACAAGGAUAUGGGGAUGCCGAGGCCUGAGGACAUUGGUCGGAGUAGUUUGAACGUGACCUUAGGGAAGCAGGAGUUGAAUGAGAUUAUUCAGGCUCGCCAGAAGCUGUCACUAGCGAGGAAGGCGUUGCCUACGGAACCGGAGAAGGUCCCACCUCCUCAAGUGGACACUUCACCGAUCAAAACCAUUCAGUUACCGAACCAAACUAUAACGGUUCCCCGACAAAGUAUGGAGAAUGCUUCAGAGCUGCUAUCAAGGCGGAGAGCGUUAAACGGCAAUGGUUUUGAUAGACAAGAGGAACCACCGACUAGGGAAACUCCCAAAAGGAAUGCUACGUUUAAGAAGCUAUCACCUAGAGCUAGCGCUAUGGACACAACGGUUGUUUACGUGAAGUCAGAUGAUAAUCAGAUUAUAGAUAUUAAUUCAGCAACACUUAAUUUAAUAGAUGUCGGCGAGAGGACCCUGCAGCAGGACGUUCGGGAGUGGGGAUCACAAGAGCGAGCGAUGGUAGGUUCCAGUGAGAGCACAGACACGGGCACCUUCAGCUCGUCCAGUCCACCUGACAGUGUCCCUGAUCAUGUUCCCACACACGAUACACGCCCACAAAUCGCAUCAACACCCCUCAUGUCACUAAGAAAAGGAUCUAAGAAUGACUUGAUGAACCUCCAUAAUACAAUAUCUCCUAUAUACGAUAUGAUUGAUGAUAAAUCAUAUACGGUAACUAAAGUACCAAGUUCGACACCCAGUUGUGAUAUGCACAAUACAACAGUUAUAAAUAGUGCUACGUUGGUUAAGAGGUCUGUGAAAAGGGAUAUUAUGGCGGGAAAGGCUAGUCCGGAGAAGAAAAUGUUCGCUCCUAGUGUUAUGCCUAAACCUACUAGGACGAUACCUAAUGCUGCUUCAUACGGUUCUAUGGUUCCCCCUGCCGGCGUACCGAGGAAAACGAGCUUGCCAACGUCAAAGUUAAGACAAUACAGUUCACAUAGGGAACUUAGCAGGAUACCCGGCGGUCAAAUCCCAGCAACAACUACAGGUCUACCGCGCGGUGCACUAGGCGGGCGAGGUAUCACGCGGCGCGCCGUGUACGCGUCCAACCCAGCACUCAGUCCCACGGCCAGCGCACCGCCUGACCAUCCACUGCCCACCGAGUCUUAUACCAUCGCUACACACCACAAAUUAGAAGAUAAAACAGCCUCUAAAACCGAUAUCCCGCCCACGCCACCGUUAGUUCGACAAGGCACUGAGACUCUAAGAAGAGAGAGACCACAAAGCCAGUUGGUGGCUCCGAGAGACCUCCGCGCGACCGCGGGCAGUGGCGUGCCUGUCUCCAUGCGAAACCAUCACUUACCUCCUCCUGCGAGUCGACCGUACUCGAUAGCAACGACGGCUCCCCAACGCGUCGGUGUUGCACGACCUACCUCCGGCCCAAUACCUAAGCAGACUUCUGUUCCAGUAGUAGAGCAGCCUCGCCCAGUGUCCAGUGCGGGGGCGGCGGAGUCGCGAAUGUCCGCGUUACCUCGCCCCUCUCGUCUGCCCGCCCCAAGACGAGGGCUGCGACCGCCAUCAGUAUACUCCGUGGCUCCCACAGCGGAUAUCGACCACUACUGA